GCGGAGAGGAGGAGGAUGUGGCGCGCGGAGGGGAAAUGGCUGCCGAAAACAAGCCGGAAGGACUGAAGAAAAUACGUAAUCCGGAUCGAAUGUACAGAUCUGCUGUGUGUUAUGCCGGCCAUGUUCCCCCUAAGGGCGUGAGCGAUGACACAGAGAUGAACAAUGAACACGGACAUUUGAAAAUAUACCUGCCCAAAAAGCUGCUUGAAUGUCUGCCAAAAUGCUCUUCGCUGCCGAAGGAGAGACACAGAUGGAACACGAAUGAGGAAAUCGCAGCCUACUUGAUAACAUUUGAAAAGCAUGAAGAGUGGUUAACAACUUCCCCCAAAACAAGGCCACAGAAUGGGUCCAUGAUACUAUACAACAGGAAGAAGGUGAAAUACCGCAAGGAUGGCUACUGCUGGAAGAAGCGGAAGGAUGGCAAGACCACACGGGAAGAUCACAUGAAGCUGAAAGUGCAGGGUGUGGAGUGUCUCUACGGCUGCUACGUCCACUCCUCCAUCAUCCCCACCUUCCACCGCAGGUGCUACUGGCUGCUCCAGAACCCCGACAUCGUGCUGGUGCACUACCUGAACGUGCCGGCCAUCGAGGAUUGCGGGAAGCCGUGCGGGCCCAUCCUGUGUUCCAUCAACACCGACAAGAAGGAGUGGGCCAAGUGGACCAAGGAGGAGCUCGUGGGGCAACUCAAGCCCAUGUUUCAUGGCAUCAAGUGGACUUGCAGCAACGGGAACAGCAGCUCCGGCUUCUCAGUGGAGCAGCUGGUGCAGCAGAUACUGGACAGCCACCAGACCAAGCCGCCACCGCGGACCCACAACUGCCUGUGCACGGGCACGCUGGGCGCCGGGAGCAGCAUCCAUCACAAGUGCAACAGCGCCAAGCACCGCAUCAUCUCCCCCAAGGUAGAGCAGCGCUCCGGCGGCUACAGCAGCGCCCACUCCGAGGUGCAGAACAACGACGUCUCCGAGGGCAAGACCGAGCACAGCCAUGGUGGCGGCGGCGGCGGCGGCGGCAGCAAGAGCGCCCGGGGUGGCGCCGAGGGCGGAGCGGGCGGCGGCAGUGGCGGCGGCACCCGGGAGAAGCGCAACGGCAAGGUGGCCAAGCCCAUGCUGCUGCACCAAAGCAGCACGGAGGUGUCCUCCACCAACCAGGUGGAGGUGCCGGACACCACGCAGAAUUCGCCCGUGUCCAUCAGCAGCGGCCUCAACAGCGACCCCGACGCUGCCGACAGCCCCGUGGUAGCAGCCAUGGGCCACGUGGCCUCCGUCAUGGGCGGCCUGUCCCAGAGCGCUGCCGUCUUCAUGUCCGAGGUGGCCGCUGACGCCGUCUACAGCAUGUCCCCUACCGGCGGCCCCAACACCCACCUCAUAGGGCCAGACGCCUCCUCCCAGGGCCUGGUCCUGUCCAGUGCAGCAGGGGCCGCCGAGGGCCUGGCCAUGCUGUCUGCCACCGCCGUCUCCGAGGAGCUCGUCCUUUCCAGCAGUCUGGACUCCAGCACCAUAAAGCUGCCAGAGACCGCCAUGAACUUUGACCCAGACUGCUUCCUGAACAACCCCAAGCAGGGCCAGACCUACGGUGGCAGUGCCCUGAAGGGGGAGGGCAACUCCUCUAGCUCCGCCUCCUCCUCGGGGGGCAGCGGUAGCACCAACGGAGCCCUGCAGCACUCGCCUCCCAUAUCCGAGUCGAGCUACGUGUUCAACUCCGCACUGGUGAAGAACAUCAAGACCGAGGACACGUCUUUCGAGCAGCAGCUGGCCAAGGAAAGUGGCUACCAAGUGGGGGCAGUGACGGCAAACGGUGUGACAGGCUCGACGGGCACCUGCUCUGCCCAGAACUCCCUCGCUCUGACCCCUGCCGGAUCCCUGCUGCCCUCCGGCGGUGGCCUGAGUCCCAGCACCACCCUGGAGCAGAUGGACUUCAGCGCCAUCGAUGCAAAGCAGGAGUUCCCCUCCAGCGGGGUUCCCUCGGGCUACGGUCGACCCAUGUCCAGUCCCCACCUGGCGCACCAGAACCGCUCGCCCAGCUUCUUCCUGCAGGAGGCCCCCAAGGCCAGCCCACCCCAGCAGGCCAGGCAGGGCUCAGGGCAGAAGGCUCAUCUCCUGGAGCACAACUCCCAUGACUCUGGAACUUACCUGGGUCUUCAGGUGGUCAGGACCGACUCACCCGGCAGCAACGGACAUCUCCAUCAUCACCACGGCCACCAGGGCCAGCACAGAACCUCCAACUGCAACGGGGGCUCCCCGACCGAGGGGCCCGGCCAGGCGGGCUCCCUUCAGCUACUGCAGUACCAGGGAGCCUUUCCGGGACUGGGCCCAGAGCACGAGGAGGUGGUGGGCCUGGAGCAGCCGGGCGGCAUGGGAACCGGCCAGGCGAGAGGAUCCGAGAACGGCGUCGAGGGUUUACUCAAGUCCGGUGAGCACCUCCAGGCCUGCGGGGGCAGCAGCGCAGAGGAGGGCGGGACGGAGCACUACCUGCAGCAGACAGCAGAGGGCGCCGGAGGGGGAGCUGGAGAAGUAGGAGCUCUGCACAAUGGGAGCGCUGGCAGUGGCCCCAACGGGACCCCCCAGCAGCAGUUGCAGCCCCUUAUGCAGGGGACAGGGCUGGUGCAGGGCCUCUACAACGCCGUUGGGCCGCACCAGGGCCUUGCCGGCGUAGGGGCCGGCGGGGGAGCAACCGGAGGCCUGGAGAUCAACCUGGACCACUUCGACAUCUCCUUUGGGAACCAGUUUUCCGACCUCAUCAACGACUUCAUCGCAGUCGAUGGGGCAGGAGCCACCGUGGGCCCCAGCACAGCCCUCUACACCCACCAACUGGUUGCGCCUCCCUCCGGGGCAGAUACCCAGAGCUCCUCGGCCGGGGAAGCUCCUCAGGGCCAGGAUGACGCAGGGACUCAGGGGACCACCUAUAGCCCCGGAGAGCUGUGCCUGCAGCCAUGCUGCAGCCCCCAGGGCCUGGGAGGAGGAGGGGGCGGGGCUGGGGGAGGAGCGGGAGAGGCGGGCUCACUGGCCUUCAUGCAUGUGGCGGAGGUGGUGUCGGCCGCAGUGGCGCAGGGGGCUCUCGGCAUGUUGCAGGCCACCGGACGGCUCUUCAUGGUGACCGACUACUCCCCCGAGUGGUCGUAUCCCGAGGGCGGAGUCAAGGUGCUCAUCACAGGCCCCUGGCAAGAGGCCAGUAGUACCUACAGCUGCUUGUUUGACCAGAUCUCCGUUCCCGCUUCGCUGAUCCAGCCCGGUGUGCUGCGUUGCUACUGCCCGGCUCAUGACACGGGGCUGGUGACCCUGCAGGUGGCGAUCAGCAACCAGAUCAUCUCCAACUCGGUGGUGUUCGAGUACAAGGCUCGCGCCCUGCCCUCGCUGCCCUCUUCCCAGCAUGACUGGCUCUCUCUGGACGACAACCAGUUCAGGAUGUCCAUCCUGGAGCGGCUGGAGCAGAUGGAGCGCAGGAUGGCCGAGAUGGCAGGCCACCACCAGCAAGGGAGCGGAGGGGGCGGAGGUGGUAGUGAUUGUGGAGGUGGAGGAGUGGGAGGCAACGGCGGCAGCAACAGUCAGUCACAGACUCUAGGCCCGGCUGGCAGCUCCUUCGAGAGCCGCGUGGUUGUGGUGUGUGAGAAGAUGAUGAACCGGACGUGCUGGACCAAGUCUAAACACCUUAUCCACUCCAAGACGUUCCGUGGCAUGACGCUGCUUCACCUGGCGGCUGGCCAGGGCUACGCCACCCUCAUCCAGACGCUCAUCAAGUGGAGGACAAAGCAUGCAGACAGCAUCGACCUGGAGCUGGAGGUGGACCCCCUCAAUGUGGACCAUUUCUCCUGCACUCCCUUGAUGUGGGCGUGCGCACUGGGGCACCUGGAGGCGGCGGUCGUUCUCUACAAAUGGGACUGUCGGGCGCUGGCCAUCCCGGACUCCUUGGGCCGGCUGCCCCUGACCAUCGCCCGCUCUCGCGGUCACACCAAGCUGGCCGACCGCCUGGAGCAGCUACAGAGGGAGCGGCACCCCCCCUCCACUGCCUCACCUCCCCACACCCCUCACCUCUCCUUCUCGCCGCCCCCUGAGACCUCUGCGUCGGACAGCUGGAUGGUCGCGUGGAACACCGAUGGAGGGGUGUCGGCAGGGGGGCAAAAAGGCAGCACCGCCGGCGCCACCGGCAGUAACUCAGAUCUGAGAAGACCCCGGUCGGAACCCUCCGGCUACCACGGCGGCGAGGGCCAGCGAGAUGUUCCCCUCGCCAAGAAACACAAACCCAACCCUGAGCUGCAGAAUGCCCAGCAGCCCGAUAAGGCAGCCUCUGUCCCACUUAGCCUGGAGUCACAGCAGCUUCACAAACUGUCCACCACCAUAAAGACACCUCUCCCCGAGACCCCCUGCCCAGACCUGGCUAUGGAAGGAGGCGGGUACACCGGGGGGGUAUCUCACACUAAGCAAUGUGCUAUGCGAGGCCUGGGUGGAGGAAUCAGGUGGAGCCCCAGGGAGCUGUACUCGGGCGGGGCCCCAGGCAGAAAGGUGGCCGGGGGCAAGGAGAAGCUGGCCAGCAGGCUGCGUCAGCGGGAGCCAGCCAGCGCCCUCGUGGCGUCCGAGCGGGCAAUGGUGGGCACGGAGCUGCUGUCCUACAGGGAGGACCUUGAGAACCAGAGCUGCCUGACGCACAUAGAUGACCUGCAGGUAAACAUGAUGACUCUGGCAGAGCACAUUAUCGAGGCCACGCCUGAGCGCAUCAAGCGGGAGAACUUUGUCGCCAUGGAGACCGUGCCCCUGGACAGCACGGGAGUCAGUACCACCAUGAGCUGGCUGGCCAGUUACUUGGGUGACAUGGAACACCUGUCCAGCAUCAUACACCUGCGAUCUCUGUACAGUGAGCCCCUGACCCCCUCCUCCAACCCCAGCCUGAGCCCCUGCAGCUCCCCGCUGGGCGAAGGGCCCUUCGACAGCCCACACCUGCACUCCCCAGCUGACUGGGCCCAGUUCCUGGGCUCCUCCAACAACAAGGUGGAGCAGGAGCUCGCUCAGUUGGCUCUCUCGGACCCUGAGCAGCGAGAGUUGUACGAGGCUGCCCGCCUAGUGCAAACUGCCUUCCGCAAGUACAAGGGUCGCCCACUACGGGAACAGCAGGAAGUCGCAGCCGCUGUCAUUCAGCGAUGUUACAGGAAGUACAAACAGCUAACAUGGAUAGCCUUGAAGUAUGCACUUUAUAAGAAGAUGACGCAGGCCGCCAUCCUUAUCCAGAGUAAGUUCCGCAGCUACCACGAGCAGAAGAAGUUCCGGCAGAGCCGGCGGGCCGCCCUGCUCAUCCAGCAGUACUACCGCAGCUACAAGGAGCUGGGCCGGCUGAAGCCCCAUCGCCAUGCCCCCGGUGCCGCCCUGGUGCAGCACAAGCUCAGAAGUGGUCUGCUCACCAAAAAGCAAGACCAAGCUGCUCGGAAGAUCAUGAGGUUCCUGCGCCGCUGUCGCCACAGCCCCUUGAUGGACCAUAGGCUGUUCAAGCGGAGUGAAAGAAUUGAGAAAGGCCAGGGAACAUGAUAGCCCUCAGAAGAGCCCACUGAAGAUGUGACAUCACUCUCCAGACUCUUUUUUUUCCUUCUUCCUUUUCUGUUUCUACCAGAUAUUUUUCAAGAGGAAAAAUAUACAAAUCAGUACAGUUAAGCACUGCGAUUCCUACUUCUGUAGCAGACCUGCUACAUCGGAUUCUACUUCUGCAACUACACAUACGGCAGCCGUUUGCUUCUUCGUUUGUUUGUUUUUUUGGGUUCCAUUUUCCAGCUACGUCUUUCUAUAUGGGGGAAGUUCUGCGGAAUUACAAACUGCAGCGGCAGAUGGGAGGAGGUCAUUCGCUUCGUGGCAUAUUUUGCACUUUUUCAUGGACUGAUUUUUCUCAUUUUUGGAAGAAUGAAGAACUGCAGCUGUGGGGGAGAAACAAGGGACAAGACUAUGAUGUUUCAGCAAGUCACGAAAAUGUAACGUAGAGGGGAAAAGGUCAUGAGAUAUGGAAUCGAUGCGUUUGUGUUGGGACUUUCUUCUGAAUAUCUUGUCAUUUAUUUUUUUAGAAAAAGAGACUAACCCAUCUUGAAAGACAAAAAUCAGACAUGAGCCAAAAAUUUGUUAAUACGUUGACGCUUCCUGCAUGUGCACUUCCGUUCACGGCCAGCCAUCGUCACCUGCAACCUUUUCCAUUAUGCUGCCCUUCAGCCUCUUCAUGAUAGUUGACGGAGCCGCACAUGAAUGUAGGAAAGGUGUGGCUGGGAACUCCCGUCCUUUUUUCGGAGAGAUAUUAGAGCACACCGAUGGUGGAAUAAAAUCCAAGGAGAUAGUCUGGUAUUUUUCAAAGCAAUUUAAAUUAGGUGAGACAAACCGUAGGGUUGCUUGCUUGAGUUAAUUUCAUAUCCCUUUCCAUGUCCAUUUUUUGCGUUGCUUUGCGGCUUGCUUCCCGUGAAUCUUGUCUUGUGCGGUUGCAUUUAAUCAGGAAAGUGAAAUGCAUGUAUCUGGCCAAAAAUGCCUAUUUCAGUGUUUCUCUGUUGGAAUUUUGAUAU